AUGACAACACACCUCCAAGCCGCCAUCUCCCACCCCAGCGGGCCAAGCAGCCAAACAUCUCCCCUCGACACACCACCUCCCCAACCGACCCGAGACUCCUCACCACUCCUCCCACGCCUCCUCGCCGUCUUCCACCGCACCUGGGACCUCGGCUUCACCGCCUUCGGCGGCCCACCCAUGCACUUCACCAUCCUCCACCGGCGCUUCGUUCAAUCAUCCUCACCAACUUCAGCAACUUCCGACAACAGAACAGCCACAGGCCAUGAACCAUGGCUCGACGAGCAGACCUUCCAAGAGCUCUUCGCUGUCAGCCAGUCUCUUCCAGGUCCCGCAUCCACGAAGAUGCUUUUCAGCAUCGCACUGCUCCACGCCGGGUGGGUUGCUGCACUAUUCGUCUUCGUGCUGUGGUCCCUCCCUGGCGCAAUCGUGAUGUAUGGGCUCUCCCUGGGCGUUAGCCGUAUGGGCGAGACGCUGCCUGGCCCGGUGUAUGCACUGCUGAGCGGGCUGAAUGCCAGUACGGUGGGUGUGGUCGCGUUGGCGGCGGUGCAGUUGGCGAGCAAGGCGAUUGGGGACAGGAUGACUAGGGUAUUGGUGAUAUGGGGCGGGUGUGCAGGGUUGUGCUAUAAUGCGUUGUGGUAUUUUCCAGUGUUGAUUGUGGCGGGUGGGGUGGUUUGUGUGGGGUGGGAUGUUUGGGGGGAGAGGUGGGUUGGGAGGAUGAGGACGAAAUGGAGCCGGAGCAGGAAACGGAGCGAGCAGAGGGUGGAAGAGGCAAACCCAGGUACGAAUGAAGCAACGGAGGGGUUCGAGAUGACCGGUAUGGUCGGUCCAGAGGGGCAGAAUCUACAGCGAAGACAAAUCCCGUCACGACAAGGUGAAGACGACAAGCAUGCGGUCAGAGCAGCGAGUACUCCAGACUCUGACGCCAACAGACGCCACGGUCGGAACCGAGGACUUCUAGACACAGCCGAUGGCACAUCUAACCCGCAAUUCUACGGCAUCAAUAUCUCGACCGGAAUCGGCUUGAUUGCGCUGACCUUUGCAAUCUUCAUCGCCCUCGUCGUCUCCCGAGCCCUCAUCACCGAAAAGCCACGGCCUUUUGAGGUCCUGGCAAGCAUGUACCAAGCAGGCAUCCUAAUAUUCGGCGGCGGUCCCGUCGUCAUCCCCCUGCUCCGCGACUACGUCGUCGACCCGGGCUGGGUUUCCUCCCGGGACUUCCUUCUGGGCCUUGCCAUCAUUCAGGCUUUACCAGGCCCCAACUUCAACUUCUCCGUCUAUUUGUCUGCUCUCGCUAUGGCGAGGACGGGCCAUCAUUCGCUGCUGGGAGCAUUGCUAGGCUUCGUCGGCAUUUUCGCUCCGGGAUUGCUGUUGACGCUGGGUGUGCAAGGGUUGUGGGCGUUUAUGCGCACAAAGCCGGUGGUCGUAAGUGCGUUACGCGGGAUCAAUGCCGCGGCGGUGGGACUGGUGUUUACGGCGGUGUACCGGUUGUGGGAGAUUGGUUAUUUGACACCGGAGAAGAGUCAGGGGCAGAGUCUGGCGGAAGAGCCGUGGUGGGUUGUGGUUACGGCGGUGACAUAUUGUGAGGUGGCGUGGUUCAAAGUUCCACCCGCGGUUGCGAUUGUGCUGGGCGCUGCGUUGGGACUGUGUUGGUAUGGUGCUGUGGGCCGAGAAUGA